GAUGAUUCCAUUCUUUACGCAGGGGACAAAGGAUAUAAACUCGAGCGGAAACAAAAUUUAAUUUGAAAACAACUAAAUUCCCUCUCGUAUACGACGUCAGCAUACAUCAUUCAAAAGUAGUAUGCGCUUGGAGAGUCUUGUUAUCAAUUCUGGAAAAAUAGCUGAACGACAGUUAAAAUGGAAUUGCUCCCCCUGUUUCUUGACAGAAAUGUGUGAACUCGUGUUUUUUUUCAAAACCAUUCAUUCAUUCGAUUCAUUGUGGUGAGUCGCUACUUCAGAGUGAAAACUCCAUAUCUCAAAAUACUUAAAAUGCUCUUAUCAGCCAAGACCCCAAGAGCCCUGGCGGCCAUAUUUGAGAGUCCCAGUGAUGAUGAGGACUUCCUGGGUUUUGCCACGUCAGCAUCUAGUGAUAGCGAAUCAGAUGACUGCAGGGAUAGCCUUGCCUUGGUGCAUUCUGGGAAGCCGGCUGUGGUUUUCAACUCAAAGUUUGUGACCUCUGAGUUGGUUAGUCUGUUCAGCCAUUCAGACAGUGAGCGAGAGGAGUUUGAGGGCUUCAGUGAGGAAGAAGAGCAGGAGAAGAGAGCUUCCAGAAGCAAGACGAAGACUAUGUGCCUGACAUCAGCAGAGGGCAGUGAUGGGGACACUGGGUUUUACUCUGAGGGGGAGGAGCCAGCCACAUACAAGAGGAGGAGUCUCUGUGUCGCUUUCAGGUUUCCCACCAAAAGACUAUCCGCCCAGAAAGGGCAGACGCCAAACAAACCUCAGCCAACUGCCGCCCCUCCCCCAGAGAGGAGAACCAAUGACAGGCUGCAUCUGAAAAGGGGUGUGUCUCAGGUGUCCAGGGGGAGAGUCACACAAGGCCAGAAAGAGCCUCUGAAAAAAGAGGAGGAAGAAGGGAAAAUGGAAGUCGAGUCUCCGGUUCUAAAUAAACGGGCAAAGAACAUUCAGGAGAACAAAGCCAUGUUGGCCAAGCUAUUCGCUGACCUCACCAACAUGGCUGAACUCACGCCUUCUCCCACAAAGAAGAGGCGUGUGAGUGAGAAGCCGACGCCUCGGCGAAGGGGUGUGUGCGGGGCAGCAGAGGGAGGUGGGAGGAGGAACCCAUCCCGUGCGGCCAGACCACCCGAGAAGUUUGGGGUGGAGGAGAAAAGUCCCUCCACCUCGCGACAAAAUAGAUCUUUGAGGACUGUCGACAUCAAGAAACUACUGGAGGUGGAUGGUGAGCUGACUAGAGGUGCGAAGAAGAGGGCAAGCAGCGGCAAGAGGAGGAAGAUUACACAUGUAAGAUCAGUUGAUGACAUUACAGAGGAAGAACUGGACAACGUGGCAGAACGCGCCAAAGACAAGAUUCUGGACAAGGACUAUGGCAGCACGUGUCACCAGUGUCGACAGAAGACUCUGGACACCAAGACGGUGUGUCGUAGUGGAGUGUGUUCAGGGGGCAAAGGUCAAUUCUGUGGGCCCUGUCUGAGGAACCGCUAUGGGGAGGACGUACGCACAGCACUGCUUGACCCGGACUGGGGGUGUCCCAUUUGUAGAGGUGUCUGUAACUGCAGUCUGUGUCGACGGAGAGAAGGACGCUGUGCAACAGGAAUACUUGUCCAUUUGGCUCAACACAAGGGCCACAGCAACGUCCAGGAUUAUCUGGAGAGCAUCCAGAAAGAUCUUUGAUCCUAGAAAUAGACCAGACAAGCAGACGUCUCCCCCUACUGGUCAAGAAAGAGAAUUACACCCUUUAGACAUGGGGCGGAGGGACCCAACUGUGUGCCCACGUUCCAAUAAUCUCCACUUUCUCUCUGAAGGGCACACUUCACUAUGUGCACAGGUCCACUUGGUGGAGCCAGGGACUGAAAAGAGUUUCCACCAUAUUUCCACGACCUGUUAUUUCUCUUUUCUAAUCAAUGAAUGAAAGUGAUUUAUGUGCAUUUGGGAAGGGAUGAGGGGUGUAGCUUGGGUGUAGUCACUUUGACACAUGGCACCAUCCUGCUACACUACAACCAGAGAUCUGAUUAGAACCCAAGGUUUUAGUAGGAUCACUGAAUGGUGCAGAACGGUUUUCCCAAAACUUUGACCACAGGUUCCCCUGCCACAUUCAAUUAUGUUCAACAGUUAUAAAAAAAAGAAAGAAGUUUAAAACAGGAGUACCAGAAUCCAAUGACAGCAUUUAAUUAAAUUUUUUCAUAUUUCUGAACACAACCUGGGGCGGGGGGACAAUGUGUGGCUUCCUGUUGCUAAAGGUUUAGAAACAUUGGUCUAGAUAAAGCACUGCUGUUCUUUACUACUUGGUUUUUUUUUUUACCACUGAACUUGACUGAGUACACAUUCUGGGAGCAAUUAAGUUUCACUGUCUUAUUCAGGGAUAAGUGACAGAUUCUAUACAUUGCAAGCUCAGGGUUUUGAUCUAGCAAUUUAUUGUGUUCUGGACAUGCUCUAACUGCUAGACAAUCUGCCUCCCCAAAAUGGCAAUUAGAAAAACGGACAUCGGAUUUAACUAGCACUUAAUGCAUAUCACAUGCAUAAUUAGCAUUUUAUUUUCUAUUCUUUUUAAAUGAUGAUAGUUGAGGCAAAUAGACACAUUUUAAAUAGUUCUUAAAGGUUUGUGUUUUAUGCAAGUCAGUCAGUCAGACCAGUGAUUAAGCUGUGGGAAAAAAACAAAUGCUUUUAAACUGCAUAUAUUCUUUAUUUGGGGAAUAAUGUUUAUACACCUUGAUAUGCUAAAUUAGCAAUGUUAGCAUUUCCUUUACGCUAGAAGUCUUCACCUAAUGUAACAACUACGUUUCUACUAGCAUGCAUUGAAUGAGUAGGAUGCAGCCUCUGUCUUGUCACCAAACAGACCACAGCUAAUACCAAGUGUUUGGUUCAGAACAUUUUAUUUUUUUGUUCUAUGUUAUGUUAAAGUGGGUUCUGUACACAAGUCCAAUCUGAAUAAAGAGCUGAAGUGAUGGCGA